AUGGUGCGACUGUCCCUUGCUCUCGCGAUGGUCCGCUUUGCGAUUCCGAAAAUGCACAUCAAAGGUCACUUGGUCUUGUGCCAAAUCUUUUUUUCUCUGCUCUUAAUUCUGGGUUCGGGUAUGACGGACGGCGAGGGUAUUGAGCGCCCAUGGAGCAUGAUCGGUGGGCUUGCAGCAAGCACACGCGUCUGUGGACCUGGCGCUCGAUGGGAUCAACUCGACGACCAUUGGUCGUUUUGGAAUUGGAUGAAGACCCUUGGACUGGUGCUGUUAUUACGGCGUCGAAUGGAUAGGGCAGCGGAAGAGUGCGCGAAGCAAGAGCAAGACUUCGAGACAUUGACUUUGGGCCACGCGGAUCGUGUCUUGGUCUGGAAGCAACAGGUCGAAGAAUUUGAGGCUGAUAACUCCAUGCCCAAUCCCUAUGAGGCGAAGUCGGAGGGGUUGUCGGAGAACGCCGUACGCAAGAUGUUUGAGGAGGAGGAGGCAGAAUUGGAGAAAGCGGGAGCAGUUCCCAUUCAUGAUGUUUCCCCAACCGAGUUCAUUGCAGCGUUGCUGGACGCUGAAGCUGACCAGCGGCGUAUCCGUGGAUUGGUGGAUUUGAAGAAGACCAGAGGAACAUCAGGGGGAGUCAGUCUUCGGCGACAGCGUCGAAAGCUCAAUCGGGCAAUCAAGCGCUUGCGAACGCUCCAAUUAACCUACACUCCCGCUGCUCUCCGGGCAUUGGAUGCUCUGAAAUUGUCGCAAGAGACACUGGCCGAACGCGUACCUCUCUUCUUGCCUUCCGCAAUCCCGCGGUUGGAUCGCGGCCAUGGUGGUUGUCGCGAGGGUUUGGUGGAGAUCGAGCGCGCCUUACGAGAUGCUCAAUGUCGUUCUGCUUUGACCAGUCUGCAACUGCAACUGCACGUCAAGUCUCGACUGCUUACCUACAAACGGCAGCACUCGCGUGCCCAGGCAAUGAACACUCGUUCGCGGACACUUGUCGAUCAGAACGAGCGCAAAAUCCUGCUCCAUUCCGAGAAAUAUCAAAAUGCGUGGCGUGCUCUGGUCGCGAUUGAAGGGGGCGAAGACAAGGUGUCGUGGCGGAAGUUGGAGAAAGGGGAUAUUAGGUGCAUGGAGGACUCUCAGGAGGUUCAGCGCGAUGUCCAAAGGCGCGAAAAGGCGGACCGUGCCCAGAAAGCACGAGAUGCUGAAUUACAACAAGCGGGCCUCGCAAAGUUACCCACCAGCACUUCGGCGAUGGACGAUGAAGAGAUGGAGGACAACGAGGAUGAGCAUGAGGUCGAGAGUUUCUCAAUCGAUCGAUCGAAUCGCCUUGAUAUUGCGAGAGAAGCGAAUGCUGUCUUCAAGCAUGGGGAGAGCCGUCGGCAGGUAUCCUGGAUUUGGAGCAAUGUGUCAAACACGUCUGAGGCUGUUGAAGAAGCGCUUCGCAUCGAAUGGGCCAAGUCUUAUGCUCGCUUGCGCAGAUGGAAGGAGGAAGUGCGGAUCCUGGGAGUGGAGGCAAGCCGAAUACCCCUGUCGUUCGCUGCAGAAGAGAGGGUCUGGUUGAAGAGAGCCUUCGAUGUGGAUGUCAGCGGGCUAGGGGCAGAGCACGCAGAAGGUGCUAUCGCGUACGCCGCAAAGCAUGCCGACAUGUACCGCAACCUGGCCCGACGAGCAGAAUCGACCUUGACAAGUCCCAAAUUGACUCGAGGUCAGAAGGGGGAACGGGAUGUCUUCCAGGUUUAUGCUGUGGCUGGCGAUGAAGAUCUCGCUGAUGGGUUGGUUGAUAGCGACGAUGAAGACGAGCAUGGGAAUGCGAGCGACGACGAGGAGGAAGAGGAAUAA